AAUAAAUUGUAAAGAUUUGAAAUAAACUAAUUUGGCAUGGAAUAAUUGCUAAUGAGUUUAUGCUUCUGAUAUACUGAUGACACUCCGAACCAGUUCCAGCUUAGAUAUCUUGUCCGUACGGUCAAUAUACCGGUAGCCCUGGCUAUACGUUGAGACCCUUAUCGUGUUAAGUAUAGUCUAGGCUGACAAGCUAGCCUUGGGAAGCCUUGCAUUUUAUGGAUGGACCAGAUAAGCAACGAUGAUCCAUAGUUACGAUUCUUCUUUGAAAAGACCAGGAUACGACACCGAAAGAAAAUAUGACAAUAGCCAAUUGUGUUGACAUCGGCGUCCCAUUCACAUCACGGGCCAGAGAGGCUGACAGGGGGAAAUAGCCUCCAAAUACAGUCUACCUGUUCGUAUGUAUAACUAUACGUAACGACAUCUAGGUAAGCCUUAUCGAUGCCAUCGGCAUUCCCUAUAUGAGCCACACUCCAGCACAUCCCCGGAUAGUUUCUCGAUAAACGGUGAACUUAGGCCUUCCCGACAGAUACACAGGGGACGCCGUCCCUACCGAGAAGAAAUAAGUAUCGACAAUGACCUCCUUCUCCAUACGAAAUCCUUCAUGCUUAGUUAUGAAAUCACAAUGCGAAUGCUCCCAACUUUUUCGGAAAUUUUGAGCGAUGAGGAUUCGGUAUGCAUAACUCCACUGCAAGGUUAGACAUACACAAGGCUAUAUUAAUAUGUUCAAUCAUAUAUAACUAGCAGGCGUGGUAAGGCUCUAUUCUUCUACUCUGUCUCCCACCUUUACGUUCUUUGAGAGAGAAUGAACAUUUGAAGUCAGCUCCGGAACCUCUACCAUUAUUGCACGUCUGAUUAAACCAUUAGUUAUCUUCCGGGAACAAAGUGAGACUCAAUGCUAUAUCAUAUUUUGUUUAUUCUACGAGUGCUAACAUUGAACAAUAGCUAGGAGAUUUCAUCAAUGGCAAUAGAACUUGCUGGCGCAGGUGCACCAUCACAAACUGCACUCCAAUUAGCAGCUCGACAUGGAAACCAUGACGAAGCAAAACUACUCCUGCAGACUGGAAUUGAUGCAAACUUCUUUCCUAAGGGGACAGAAUAUCCACUGGCUUACGCAAUUGAGUCUGGUGAUGCAGAAACAGUGAAGGUUUUACUGGAAUACGGGGCAGAUAUCCACCAAGCUGCCAAAAAGCAUGGGAAUGCAUUGAUAGCAUCUAUUAAAAGAGGAGAAGAGGAAAUAUUUAACAUAUUUCUUGGGAAAUUUGAUCCCAACUCAACUGAUAGAGUGGGAGCUCCGGCUCUUUACUUCGCAGCCGUUGGUGGGCAUGAAACCAUGGUGAAUAAAUUGAUACGCCGUGGAGCUGAUGUUCAAGCCUGCCGUGACACGAUAUUCUCCCCUAUCAUGGGUGCCGGGCUUGGUGGCUGUAGCAGGAUUGUGAAAACGAUUUUGCAGAAUGGAGCCGACAGUGACCACGCAGCCUUAUUCGCAGCCUCUUCUGUUGGAGAAGAUGAGCUGGUCACUCAAUUGCUCCUUCGUGGCGCGGAUGUUGGUCGAUGCAUAUUACCAUAUGACCGCGAUUUACCCAUUCAUGCGGCUAUGCUUCAAGGCCAUGAAACAACAGUUAGGAUAUUGUUAGCAGCCGGAGCAACACUUAUCAGUCGACAUUUCCCUUAUGUUUUCCUUGAAACGGCAUCUCGGGGGUACUUUAGGAUUUCUAAGUUGAUUCUAAAUGAGCACCUUACUGGUCAUAUCCGGUUAUGCUUAGGGACGAACCCUUUUUCUGGUAGAAUCAGCCAUAUACCGAUUGCUUUGCUACUUUCAACUCUCAAGGUGGGAGUGAGAAAUAGCAACGCCUCUUUGGCCUGGGAAUUUGUUGAACCGUAUGGCCAAACCACUGUGGACUUCAUGGAGUAUUUACUUACUCAGGACUCCAUACAACUUCCUGUUGACUCUCCCAAAUCUGUCCUUAAAUCGGCUAUCAAACAUUGCAAUGAUACCCUACUGUCUUUCCUCCUGGACAGUUUUGAAGUAAAUGUAUCUGGAGAUUUCCCCAACCUGAUAGAGUUGGCGGUCAUCAAUGGCAGUGUCCCCACGUUGGAGGUGUUAUUGAAGAGAACUACAGAGCAGACCGAAUCAAAGACACUUCGGUGGAAACUGUACCUCAGCCGGGCCCUGAACACAGCUGUUGAGAGAAAUAACUUCCAUAUGGUAGAACUCCUAGACCGUUACGGUACUUUCACUAAAUAAAUAUUUUCUGCGGCUUAUCUUCUUCUAUCAUGAAUGUCCAAAUAAAUGACAACCACAAUGGAAUAAAUUAAGGUAUACUUCUCUCGAGCCAUGAAGAUUCUGGUAGGUUGGAGUUGUGAAGGAGGAGUAAUGUUAUAGCUAAGAUCUAGAUCCCGCUCUGUAUGGUUUCCGAGUCCCCAAGAACGAAUUGGGCCCAUAUAUCCACCCCCUUCAAAAUUAUACUAUCAGCAAGAAUGAAUAGUGAUUGUCGUUGACUCCGGAUAGAGUUCCAAUGAUGGUUCAACUGGUCGCUGGACCUCCCUGAAGCCAAAUUCAACCUCCGCGACGUUUUUGACAGAGAAGACUCCAUCAAAGUCUAAGUAUUUUCGAUAUAGUACUGUGACGGCCGCGACGAUUCGGAGAACAACUUGAGCCAAAGACACUCGCUGAGCCGGUCGUAUCGGCGGCUAAGUUGGGAAUAUAGUUGGGUCGACGACGGCUAGAACAAAGAUGCCUCUCAACUGUAGUCAUAACUAGUCUAUUUCACAAUCAAACUUUCCCAUGGUGUAUUUGGUUCUAUUCAGGAGUCACUUACAACGUAACCUAACAGAGCUUCGAAGGGCCAUAUCAUCAAUAGACCCUUCGUAAGGGCAGCAAGAGAGCCAAUAUUUGUUGCGUCAUUACAUAUCUACUAGUUCUCCCUCGAUCGAUAAGUCUCUUCAAACUUGCCUAGCCUAUUGCUAAAACAGUGGGUGCUAUUAUAACGGUUAAGUUAGUUAACUAGUUAUAAUAGUUAUAGAAUAGCGAAGGCUUUGGAUUGAGUUACUUAUGGGUCCAGCUUUCUAUUGCGAAAUUUUCGCCAUUGUAUCUAUCCGCGCUCUGCAGUAAAAGGAGCGUUAGCAAAAAUGUAGUAAAUAAUUCACUUGCUAUGUCAUCUUAUAAGUAGCCGUUCUUAGUCUAGAUUGCGUACCGUUCAAGAGGCGGAAUAGAAUAAAUCGGCCUCAAAAGUAGGCGCCAGUACCUCUGAAUCAACGGUGAUCAGCCAGUUUGAUAUUUUGAAUCGAUCUUUGCUUCUGCGUGUUUUCAGAAUGCAUACUAGUCACCAGCACUGCGUAGAAGUGUCGAUUCUCGCUGAUACCAUCAUUGAAGAAAUCCAUAGUGUCCUUCUUACUUUGCUGGCUCUAGGAGUUAACGCGGAGCGGCCAUACGUUGAAAACUGUUAGCUAAGUGGAUAGAUACAAGGGGGUAUGUCAAGCAUGCUAAACGUCAAGUCGGAAUCUUCGCUCAUAACCGGCUGGACAGCACCCUAGUUCUGAAGUUAGCUACUCCAAGAGACGCAGCUGUGGCAAGUUCACUUGCCUUUUUUCCCGCCGUAACAUUUUCAUUCUUGGGAGAGUGAAUGUGCGGAUUUGGUCCCGGCUCUCAUC